AUGUUGUUAAGACCUUUUGUGGUAACUGUGCUUCUUAUAGCCUUAUUUUCAACGUUUGCCAUUUGUGAAUUUUAUGAUGAAGAAAUAGAAGCAAAAAAACAAUGCGAUCCUGGCGAUCCAUGGGAUCCAUACGAAUUUCUAGAUUGUAUUCAUAAAAAGUUUGGGAUACUAGACAUAAAGGGCCGAUUAAAUAAAAAUCAAUUAGUAGAGUUCUUCGCCGAACAAAGUCAAACGGAUCCCAAAAAGUUUGAAGAAAAUGCGCAUAAAAUAAAUUUCCUAAAAAAAUACAAUUUCCGUAAAUGUUGGAAAUCCGAUUGGGCUAUUACUGUGGAAGGGAUUUUCUAUUUUUUUUGCUUCAAAUUAGAUGAAAAGGCACAGGAUAAAGAAAAAGAAUCAAAAAAACAAUGCAGUUCUGUCGAUCCAUACGAAUUUAUAGAUUGUGUUUAUAAAGUGUUUGGGAUACUAGACAGAAAGGGUCGAUUAGAUAAAAUAGAAUUAAUAAAGUUCUAUAAAGAACAAAGUCAGAAAAAUCCCAAAAGGUUAAAAGAAAAUUUGAAUAGAAUAAAUGUCCUAAAAGCAUACAAUUUCCGCAAAUGUUUGAAAGUCGAUUGGCUUGUACGUCCGGAUGGGACUUUGAAAAUGUUUUGCUUCAAAUUAAAUGAAACGCCGGAGGUAGUUUUAGAAAUAUUCUAG